CCCCCCCCCCCCCCUUUGGAUGGCCCAGCCAAGUCCCCCAGUCGGGCGGGACAAGCAUGAACAGCGCACGCCGCGUACGCUGGCAGAAUUUCGCCUGCAAGAGGGCAGAGAGAACAGGAAACGUCGCUUACUGGCUCUGUGGCGGCACAUCCGGGUGCGUGGAUACAAUUUCGAUCGGGAACCCAGCGUGAAAUCACUGGGAAAAGGCCCCGAAUCGACUGAAAAGGCGGAGAAGCUGCGAGCUGCGUACGAACAUGAGCUGCUGUGUCGAGUAGGAGGGUGGAAGGAAUUCGUUGAGUACGCGGAAGCCAAGGAAGUUGAAUUAUGGGCAAUAUUUCAUGACGAGCUUGACUUGGACCGAAAUGGUCACCUUGAAGCAGAGGAACUAGAAUCGGCACUACGAAACGCAGGUGUCACAUUAUCUCCAAACACACUAUCGGAAUUCAUGACAUACUUGACAUCCUCUCCCCAAUCUCGGACUGUAACUUUUGCUGAAUUCAGAGACUUUCUCCUGUUACUUCCUCGGAAAAUCUCUACCACUGAGAUUUACAAGUACUACCAGAUGAACAAGUUUCUCGGAGAUGAUGGUAAAGGCGUGGCCCGUGUUACGAUGGAAGGUGAUGUAAGUCUAAGCGCGGAAGACAAACCCCCAGACAGUCCCAGUAAAACGAUGCCAAAUAGUACACAAGCACCAGCGAUACCCCAACCCCUUCCUCCCGUAGAGUCCAGCUAUGUCGUCGAACACGAAGAAGAGCAAGAAGACGACGACGACGAUGCCUUUGACGACAGCCAUGGUUGGCUCGAAGGGCGCACAGCUCUCAAAUUCCUGUUAGCAGGCGGCAUUGCCGGUGCAGUCUCGCGGACAUGUACGGCGCCUUUUGAUCGACUUAAAAUAUUCCUUAUCACUCGCCCACCGAAUCUCGGUGGAGCUGCGCUUGCCCAGGGAGGCGGUGUGAAUAUUAUAGGACAUGCUGUGGGACGGAUAUACUCCGAGGGCGGUGUGUUCGCGUUCUGGACAGGCAAUGGGCUAUCUGUUGCCAAAAUAUUCCCCGAGUCUGCGAUCAAGUUUUUCGCGUAUGAGUCUGCUAAACGUAUGUUCGCAGCGUAUUGGGACCAUGUUGAUGAUCCUAGAGAGAUCAGUGGGGUCAGUCGGUUUCUUUCUGGUGGAGUUGGGGGAAUAAGCAGUCAGCUGUGUAUAUACCCGGUCGAGACGCUGAAAACGCAAAUGAUGAGCAACACUGGAACGCGACGGACAUUAAUCUCCGCAGCGCGUCAUGUAUGGAGGCUUGGAGGGUAUAGAGCGUACUACCGUGGUCUAACAGUUGGUCUUGUCGGAGUUUUCCCGUACUCGGCUAUUGACAUGUCAACCUUUGAAGCGCUCAAGCUGGCAUACCUGCGCUCAACAGGCAAAGAUGAACCAGGAAUGCUUGCACUGUUGGCAUUUGGGAGUGUGUCAGGGAGUGUGGGCGCUACAAGCGUGUAUCCGAUGAAUCUGGUGAGAACACGGUUGCAGGCGUCUGGAAGCUCAGGGCAUCCUGAACGGUAUACGGGCGUGUUUGACGUUGCGAGCAAGACCUGGGCACGAGAAGGUUGGAGAGGGUUUUAUCGGGGCUUGUUUCCAACGCUAGCAAAGGUCGUCCCAGCAGUAUCGAUAUCCUACGUUGUCUAUGAACAUAGUAAACGAAGACUUGGUGUUUAAGAUAUAUAUAUAUACAUAUACACAUUAUUUUUACUCGUAAUCUUCUGUAGAUGGGGUUGCAUAUACAUGUAUUUAUUUAGCCAAGCAUUAUCAUUGUCGUCGCAUUUUCCAG